AUGGCAACGAGCUCCGGCCGGUUAAUCGCCGGUCUGACGGCGUCGAUGAGCUCAAUCGAAUCGCGUAAUGCGAAUCCAGCUCAAUCGAAUUCCCUAAUCUGUCGAAAUCAAAUAAACGGCGUUCCGCCUAUCGUCCUCCGGUCAUCUCAAAGGUCCAGACGGUGGUUAAUCGAGGCGGUUCCCCCGGUGAAAUCCUGGGAUGGAUCUGACGAUGCCGAAUACAUCAAGAAGAAGUCAGACGCGACCGGUGGCAAAACCGGUGGUCACGUGGUCGCCGGGAAACAUGAAAAGACGAUUGAGAUAGUUAUAGCAGCGGCGGCCACGGCGGCGUUGGGCGUCGGGAACCGCGUAAUGUAUGUAGCUGUAUACUAUUCUAUUUUGUAUUUUAGAUACCGAGCUGGAAUUGUUACAAAAGAGAUGCUAUCAGUUCCCAAAGUUCCAUUUUUAAUUGUUGGCAUUUUGGAGUCUCUUGCUUUAGCUUCUGGGAUGGCGGCCGCAGCAAAUCUCUCGGGACCAUCUACUACAGUUUUAUCUCAGACAUUUCUUAUCUGGCAAAUUCUCUUCUCCAUUAUUUUUCUCGGGAGGAGAUAUAGAGUAAAUCAAAUAUUCGGAUGUAUUCUUGUAGCAUUUGGUGUAAUCGUCAGUGUGGCAAGUGGAUCUGGUGCUGCUCAUUCAUUUAAAGAUGCAGGAAUAUUUUGGAGUCUUCUUAUGGUAUUAUCUUUUAUGCUUCAAGGAGCAGAUACAGUAAUGAAGGAAGUCAUCUUUCUAGAUAGCAAAAAGCGGUUGAAGGGUGCUUCACUUGAUCUGUUUGUUGUAAACUCGUAUGGUUCAGCUUUCCAAGUCGUAUGCAUUGCGUUGCUUCUUCCUUUUCUUUCGAAACUUUGGGGCAUACCAUUUAACCAACUACCGAGCUAUCUCAGAGACGGAGGUGCUUGCUUUUUGAACAUCGGUACUAGAGCAACAGGAUGCGAAGGGGCUCCCUUGCUUCCUAUAAUGUUCGUCUUGAUGAACAUGGCUUACAACAUCUCCCUUCUACGCCUCAUCAAAAUCUCUUCUGCUGUUGUGUCGUCUCUGGCAUCCACCGUUUCAGUUCCCAUAGCGGUCUACUUAUUCACGCUCCCCUUACCGUACCUUGGGGUCGCAUCUUCACUUCCAACGGGGUUCGUGGCAGGCACAGUCAUACUUGUACUCGGCAUGCUUCUAUAUGCUUGGACACCAUCUCAUACUUCCGAUUCCAUCAUCCCCUCGCCUCCUUCCACCUAACGGGGACGAGAUUGAUUUUUGUUACUUUGUUUGUUGUCCCAUUGUACCAUUUUGUUAAUAAUAUACAUGGAUUUUGCGCGAUUCUAUGCAUUUUCCGUCAUAAAAGCAGCCUUUUAGUUUGCAUUGGAUCGUGUUUUUUCAUAGUAACAAGAGCAAACUGCGUUUACAUAUAUUGAAAGAUGUGUUGUACUUGACGGAGCUACGAUUGCUAAGAUGUGUGUAUGAAUGGUAGAAUCUUUGUGAUCUUUCACCAGUAGCCAAAAUGUAAAUUUGUAUUUUAUAAAACUAAUUUACUAUUAUUCCU